CGCCCGGACAUACCAGGGACGGAGCUGGCUGGGCCGCGCCUUCUGCCCCGACAUGCACGGACUCGGGAAGUUCUUCCUGGGGCUUUAUCUCGCAGCCUCUCCCUUACAAUUUCUGUCUCUCUUUUUGGGGAGGAGGAGGAGGGGCGAUGAUAAAGAUAGUUAAUGUCGGCCGUACAAGAAACAUUAUUAAAGUUACUCCCUGGUCCUUUCUGUUCUUGAUAAACAGAUCCGGCUCCUUCCUCUCCAGUUCUCCUCUCCAUUCCCUAAGUCGCCCUGAUGGCUCUUCAAUACGACAAAUAUUUACUGAUUGCUUCCUGCUUAGGCACCAGGCACCGUGCUUAGCACCGAGGGGGACGAGCAGAGACGAGGGGCUGGGGGCGCCCGGCCCUGGGCACAGUGCAACCCUGACGGGGCUCCGAAUUCCCAGGCGGCGAGCUCAGACCUGAUCCAUACUGACGGAAUGCCCGUUCACACAUUUAGUCGGAGAGGAUCCUCACAAUAACACCCUGGAGGAUAAGGCCUGCACUUCCAGGACAAGUUUGUGGUCUGCUCUGAGCUACCGGACCCUGCCAGGAGCUCCAGGCCCUGUUGGGUCCCAUCCCUUUGGAGUAGCAUCUUCAGACCAGCCUAGGAAGCACUGAACUCCAGUGGGCAAGGGAGCCAUGGAGGAGAGAGCUGCUCGGCGGGAGCAGGAGAGCUCCAGUCUUCGUCUGGAAAAGCUACAGCACUGGGCACGGCACAGGCAAAAUGGGCACCUCUUGGCGCUGGCGGUGAGCCAGCUGUGGCUGGCAGUGGCUGUGGUGCCACUUGCUGUCUCCGUGGCCUGCCUGAACUCUGCUUGUCACAUGGCCACCGCACUGCCACUCGGGCCUGGGGCACUGGGUCUCCUCACUGGGAUUGCUACCCUUGAGCUGCGCCGAGCACCUCGCCUCUGGAAGGUGCAGACCAUGAUGAUACUCAACAUCUUCAGUCUGAUCUUGGGCUUCAUCGUGGUGGUGGUCGAGGUGAUGAAGACAGCCUUGGGGCCUGCCCCAGCUGCCCUGUCCCAGGUACAGCUGGCGGGCUUGCUGGUGCUGGAGCUCAGUACUGAGGCCUUCACCCUAGGGGGAGUGCUGGUCUCCGCAUACUCGCUCUUCCUGCUGAAUCAGAGGAAGCCAGGAUGCUGCAGGAGCCAGAGUCUGCACUACCGGGAGCUGCAGGAGGAUCUCCCUGAGUUGGAGGAAGUUGCCGGUCCGGAGGACGGUCCCAUGGUGGCUGGCACAACAAACGCAACAAGCGGCAAGCUCUGUGGCCAGCGUGGGGCUCGAACACACACGUCGGGGAUUCCAAGUCGCACGCCGGGGCCCCCGACAACGCCCACGUCACGCGUCCCACUGCGCGUCCGCAGGAGCCCGGCCGGGCGCUCUGCUACCUGAGGCGCCUGCGGCCUGGAGCCCCCACCCACGCGCGUGCGUGAGCUCUACACCAGCGCUUCACAACUGCUACUGAUCCUUCGGGACUCAGCUGAAUCCUAACCUACUUUGGGAAGCUUCCCUGACCUCUCCCACCACCACCCAGACUAUAAUUCUUCAAUGCUCCCUUAACGCACUAUACACAUUGUUCUAGACUUCCAACAUUUUAUUGUGAAGGGGAUCAGGAUGGGCCACCCCAAAAUAUGCCACAUCAGCAUAAGGAUUGUUUUGAGCUAAAGGCAAAUAAGCAGAAAACUCAGAACUCUCUGCCUUCCCCCAUCUGCCUAAAAGUAGGACAAAAAGCUCUGUUCGGGAAGAUAUUCCUCCUCCAGCAAGACAAGGAAAAACAGCCAUUCUCGUGGCAGCCAGCCAGCACCCUGAUGGGUCCUGCACAAACAAACCUUACUGAGAUAACCGUUCUCUUCCAACAAUUUUCCUCAUAUAUUUCCUUUACUACAACUUACAUGCCCUAGAAACCCAAACUCCUUUCUCCUUGAUCUUGUCACUUCUCCAUAAUUUCUCACUCUUUAUUAGAAUGGCAUAUGAUGCCCUGAAUCUAAUCUCCUCUUUGGGUCUCUGUUUCUUCUCUAUGAAGGCUCUCUGUGCACAUAAAAAUUAAAAUAUUAACAUCAAAA